CCCUCCCCCCCCCUCGCCCGCCCCGCCGCCGCCGCCGCCGCCGCCCGGGCUGUUCCUGUGAGGCGGGGAGACAAUGAGUAAACUCUCCUUCCGAGCGCGGGCGCUGGACGCCGCCAAACCGCUGCCCAUCUACCGCGGCAAGGACAUGCCCGACCUCAACGACUGCGUCUCCAUCAACAGGGCCGUGCCCCAGAUGCCCACCGGGAUGGAGAAGGAGGAGGAAUCGGAACACCAUUUACAGCGAGCAAUUUCAGCGCAGCAAGUGUUUAGAGAAAAGAAAGAGAGCAUGGUCAUUCCAGUUCCUGAGGCAGAAAGCAACGUCAUCUAUUAUAAUCGUCUGUACAAAGGAGAGUUUAAACAACCGAAACAGUUCAUUCAUAUUCAGCCUUUUAAUCUGGACAAUGAACAACCAGAUUAUGAUAUGGAUUCUGAGGAUGAGACAUUAUUAAAUAGACUCAACAGGAAGAUGGAAAUUAAGCCUCUGCAGUUUGAAAUUAUGAUUGACAGGCUUGAAAAAGCCAGUUCUAAUCAGCUUGUAACACUCCAAGAGGCAAAACUUCUGCUGAAUGAGGAUGAUUACCUUAUUAAGGCUGUAUAUGACUACUGGGUGAGAAAACGCAAAAACUGCAGGGGGCCAUCCCUCAUUCCUCAGAUAAAACAAGAAAAAAGAGAUGGCUCCACCAACAAUGACCCCUAUGUUGCUUUUCGGAGAAGGACAGAGAAAAUGCAGACUCGAAAGAAUCGAAAAAAUGAUGAAGCCUCAUAUGAAAAGAUGUUGAAAUUAAGACGAGAAUUUAGCAGAGCCAUAACUAUUUUGGAAAUGAUUAAGAGAAGAGAAAAAACAAAACGGGAAUUAUUGCACUUAACAUUAGAAGUUGUUGAAAAAAGAUAUCAUUUGGGAGACUAUGGUGGUGAAAUCCUUAAUGAAGUGAAAAUUAAUAGACCAGAAAAAGAAAUAUAUGCCACUCCAGCUACUCUUCAUAAUGGAAAUCAUCACAAAGUCCAAGAAUGUAAAACUAAGCACCCUCAUCAUUCGUCUUUAAAAGAAGAGGCACCUGAUGUUGUUCGUCAAAAGAAGAAGUACCCAAAGAAGCCAAAAGCAGAGACUUUGAUAACUCCUCAGCAGCCCACUACUGAGACAUUACCUGUGAUCAAUAAGAGUGAUAUUAAACAAUAUGACUUCCACAGCUCAGAUGAGGAUGAAUUCCCACAGGUACCAUCACCAGUUUCAGAACCUGAAGAAGAAAAUGAUCCUGAUGGUCCCUGUGCUUUCAGGAGGAGGGCAGGAUGCCAGUAUUUUGCUCCUCGUUUGGACCAAACUAACCAUUCAAAUGACAAUUCAGAACUGGCAGAUUUAGAUAAGUUGAGAUAUAGGCACUGCCUUACAACUCUUACUGUCCCAAGAAGAUGUAUAGGAUUCGCAAGGAGGAGAAUUGGCAGAGGUGGAAGGGUCAUAAUGGACCGGAUAUCCACAGAACAUGACCCUGUCCUGAAACAGCUAGACCCUGAAAUGCUGAAUGGUUUUUCAAGCUCUUCCCAAACUGUAGACUUUUCUUCUAAUUUCUCAUGGACCAAUGCUUCCAAUAAACAUUGUGAAAACAGACUGUCCCUUUCUGAAAUACUAAGCAAUAUCAGAUCAUGUCGACUACAGUGUUUCCAGCCAAGGCUACUAAAUUUACAGGACAGUGAUAGUGAAGAAUGUACCUCAAGGAAACCAGGGCAGACUGUGAACAAUAAAAGAGUUUCUGCAGCAUCUGUAGCUUUAUUGAACACCAGCAGGAAUGGCAUAUCAGUAACGGGGGGUAUCACAGAGGAGCAGUUUCAGACACAUCAACAGCAGUUAGUUCAAAUGCAGAGGCAGCAACUUGCUCAGCUUCAGCAGAAACAGCAAUCUCAGCAUUCCUCACAACAGACACAUCCAAAAGCACAGGGCUCAAGCACCUCUGACUGUAUGUCUAAAACACUUGACUCAGCCAGCGCCCACUUUGCUGCAUCUGCAGUGGUCAGUGCACCAGUUCCAACUCGCAGUGAGGUGACCAAGGAACAGAGCACUAGCCACAGUAAUAUAAAUGGUGUUGUCCAGCCUUCAGGAACCUCUAAAACUCUGUACUCCACCAAUAUGGCUUUAUCAUCCAGCCCAGGGAUUUCAACUGUACAACUUGUAAGGACAGUUGGCCACACCACCACAAACCACUUAAUCCCAGCAUUGUGCACAAGCAGUCCUCAGACACUUCCCAUGAACAAUUCCUGCCUGACAAAUGCAGUGCACCUCAACAAUGUCAGUGUUGUUUCUCCAGUCAAUGUGCAUAUCAAUACAAGGACUUCAGCACCAUCGCCAACAGCCUUAAAACUUGCCACAGUUGCUGCCAGUAUGGACAGAGUGCCAAAGGUGACUCCUAGCAGUGCCAUCAGCAGCAUAGCAAGAGAGAACCAUGAACCAGAAAGAUUGGGUUUAAAUGGAAUAGCGGAAACAACAGUAGCUAUGGAAGUGACAUAACCUCCAGCUGGUGGCGCUGACCUGUGCUGAUGGUGUGUAGUAAUUUCUUUUCAAAUGAAUGCAAAAUACAACACUCUGUGGAUCACAGAGAACUAAAAUGGACCUAUUGAACUAUCAAUAUAUCGUAUAUUAAAUCGAUAUAUAAUGUACAUUUUGUAAAAUUGGGAAAAUCACUACCUUGUAAAAUAGUUUAUUUGUAUCAUCAAUAUUAUUUCUGUUACUUGAAUAGUAGAUAUUCAUCAUCAUGCUUUUGCACUUGAAUUUGCAACUGAAUGGAUUUAAAAAAUAAUUCUUUAAUGGGAUCAUGAGCAUGAAAUGGGAUCCUGCAUCACUUGUUUUAACUAUUUAUUUUGCCAUGUUUACAUUUUGUAUCUUGUACAAAUAAAUCAAACUUUGUGUCUAAAAAGUUAAAGAUUCAUAGCUAGGAAAUGAAAUUCUUGUAAUUUUUUUCUAAAGGAACUGUAAAGUUUUCACUUGGUUCAUUUUGUUUCACAAUUUGACUAGAUGGACUUUUUGGUAAAUACUUUAGUGGCAUUUCACUGUCAAAUAUGAAGUUCAAGGCAAAAUAGUAUUUUCUAUUACUGUGCAGGGGAAAGGGAUGGAUCGAUACAUGCAAAUUUAAUGUAGUAACUCACUUUUCCAUAUAUUUUGAAUGUAUAUUUCUAUUUAUAAUACCAGUUUAUAAAAAAUAAUUACACAGAAAAAAACUGACUAGGAAAAAUUAUGCAUCUAGCACAUAUAAAUUGUGCAGAUAAGAAAAUUUUUCAACUGAUUACAUUUUAUCUGAAGACUACAUAUUUUAACGGCUUUAAAACUGUAACACACCACAUAAAGAAUAUUUUACCAGGUAUGUAUUGCAUUAUAUCAUUGCAAUAAUUAUUGGAUGUCUAGAUAUCGAGCCAUCCCAGGUGGUGGGAGGGGGGAGGGUUGUGGCAAGAUUGUCUUUUCAAUUUCGGAGAAUUUUCCUGUGGCUACAAGGCAAGUAACGGGUUGGAAAAAGUCUGACUGUAAGUGUUGGACACCUUCGUAGUGUAGUGUUUUAGUGACUUUUUUUAUACGGUUCUUGUAAAUUAGAUAUGUGUAGUGGUGUUUCAGAAUGUUUGUUUAUGCACUAGUUCAGACAACUUUCCCUGUUACUUGUUCUUGAUAAGUGAAAACUGCAGGGAAAUAAAAAUACAUAUCAAAACAUGAACAUGUUGCAUAUGUUUAUUUCAAAAUGAAACAGUAUAAAUGGAAAUUUAAGAAAGAUAAUAGCACUUAGCAGCACUUUUCAUUUUCACAGUGCUUUUCAAGCAUUAACAAAGAAAAUUAUAAGCCUAUCAUUGGGCAUUAUGGUUUUCCUGAUAAUCCAGUAUAAGCUACCUUUGAGAUGGAAAGAUCUUAAGUAUUUUACAGAACGUAAUUAAUUUGCAGUAUAAUAGAAAUUGGAAAUUGCAAAUGAGCCUCUUUAUGAAUAAAAGUUUAGUAUAGAGUUACUUUAUAAGGGUUUUUUUGUCACAUGAGGAGGGAAUAUAACUACUUUUAAAUGAGAAAUGAUGAAAACUACAUUUUAAGCUUACAUUAAUGAUUUUAUACUUUACAGUUUUAUCUACAGUCCUGGAAAUUGUGAAUGGUUGUGUCAGUUGAAUUAACAGGCCAAGAUUUUAGAACAGCAGGUGAAAUUUCUGUUGAGAGUGAUUUUAAUUGGGUCCUAAAUUUGUAUAACAAUUUAUGGGCAAAAAAUAGAGAAAAAAAUAAAUUGAAUUUCCUCCAUCA